AUGUCUUCACACUCUUCUUCACCUUCCUCGCCCUCAAGCGUAUACUCUAACGAAGAAAAAAUAACUCGUACCAUGGGUGAUGUUAUUAAAGAUUAUGAUACAGAAGAACUUAUCGACUAUUUGCAAAGGAGUAAUUUGAAAUUAGAUGAUGACGACUUUGCGAUUCUUCGUAAACAAAAGGUUGCAGGUUCUGAUUUUCUUAAAUUAACUGAAGAAAAACUAGAAAAAUGGGGAAUGUUAGGAGGGCCAACAACAAGAAUUAUAGAAUUUAUUGAAAAGCUUAAUGAAACAAAAUUACGUAGUUUCUCAUCAUAUAAAACUCUGGAUGAGCUAAAAGACGUCCUUCGCAAGUAUAAAGUCAACGGUGAAAAAAUUACAUUUAUAAAGCAAUUUAAUCCAGUUUACGAAGAAAUUGGUGAUGGUGAUAAGGAUCUCAAACAGUGUAUGAAAGAAAUUAUAUUGAGACUUUCGAAUUUGGAAAUCAUGCAAGAUAGUACCAAUGAAGCUACCCGUUGUAUUUUUAUUACAUCUAUCCUGAAUGCUUCAAUAGCAAUUACACGAAAACUUACCAAUGAUGAAGAAAUAUAUAUUGCGUACCAAGAUGAUGUAUCUGGUGAAGAUAGUGUUGGACGUGUUGAUUAUUCAAUCAGAGGAAAUGAGGAUCUUAUAUGUAUAGCUGAGGGAAAGCCACGUAAUGUUGAAAUCGGUUAUCUCCAAAAUAUAAAGCAACUGGAAAGUGCAAGCAUUAUGAAUAAAAGGAAACGAAACGCAGAACAGGCAUUUCAAAAUGAUGAUGAUUAUCUUUACGGAAUAGUCUCUUCAGCUACGGAAUGGCAUUUUAUUAAACUUUGUGCAGAAGGGCUAUAUUGUACCAGUAAAAGUGAAUACCGAAUAAAUUUAUCCAAAACUGCAUUAAAGGAGGAUCUUGAAUCGAUUAAGAGGGGUGUGAAAAAGGUGGUUGGGGUUGUUGUUGGUCUUUUGAGGGAUAGGAUUACAAUGUGUGAUGAGCAUGAAAUUAAAAAACGUCAGGUGAUACCUGAGGUAUCAGUUCCUUCAACUUCGAUAUUCAGAAACACUGAACUCGGAAAGUCUAAAAUUUCGGCCAGGGCGCCCCUGCUGAAAAAUAGUCAUAGGAAAAAAGGUGCAGAAAAUAUUUUUCAAAUGAUAUCUGAUGGUAUUCAAAAUGAUGCACAGUCUCGAAAAUGUAUUCUUAGUUCUUCUAAUGAUAUAUUAUCACAACAAAGCCAAAUUUCUUCUACAGUACCACUGCUUACUUUAGCUCAAUUAUUUGAUAAAGCGACUGAUGCUGAAUAUGGUGCAAUUCAUGCGAAUCAGGAAGAAAUAUU